AUGAUAUACCUGUUCUUUAGGUUUACGAGAUUCAGCUACAGUCUCGUGUCCAAGGCAAAGGCUUGGCCAAGUUCUUAA